AGUAGAGUCGAAGCUUAUGUGCCGAUGUUGAAAACGUGAUUUUAGUACAAAUGUAUAAAGUUAUCCCAUUAUUAAAAUGAAUUAUAUUUUGCUGAAAAUCACAUUCAGUGUUUUCUAAUUUCUAUUACAGUGUAUUAAACAUAUUAUUAUAGUGUAGUGUACAGUGUGUCCCUAAGGAUUAUACAAAAAUGUCUGACGAGGACUACAAUAAAAAGAUGGAAGGAUUACAAAAAUAUAUUCCAUUUCUGGAAAAUAUGAUAAUUCAGCUCAAAGAUCCCAAUAGAAAGAACAGAGAACAGCAGCUUAGUAAAAUGGAAUCUUUAUAUGCAAUGAUUACAGAUAAGAAGAAAAAGUUAAAAGUCGAGACCUUAAAUAAAUGUGAAGACGUUAUCUCGAAAUUGUUCACAAAAGUGAACCACAGAUGUAUUGAAUCAGAUAAUGAGACUACCAGAACGAUUUGUGCAAGCCCUAGUUUAUCAGAUAAUUCCACAGCUUCGCUACCAUCGGAAAAGGUACUGUUUGACAAAGGAGAUUACACUAGCAAAACAGAAGGCGACACAAGCUUAAAAUCAGAUGAGCAGAAAAGAAAGCUUUCUAGGGGGAAAUCUAGUGAUAUUUCUAAACCUCCCAUUAGUCUUGACGAUUUAAAGUGUUUAGAGGUUGAUGUACAAGAAAAAAUAAAUGAGGCAGCUAGUCUAAAAGAAUUAACUGAGAAACGAAACAAAAUUGCUACAGAAUUAAUGUUUGAAAACAUAAAAUCAAUGAAUAAGGAUAAAAAAUAUGAUUCUAAAAAGAACCGCCCAAAGUCUGAUCAUAAUUUAAAAUUAAAUAGGGAUGUACAAGCUUCUUCGACAUUCAAAGAUGAACGACAUUCAAAGAAACCGAAAGAACCUGCUGUUCCUAAAGUACCUUCAGUACCUUCAAAAAUUGUAAAAGAUGUAUCCAGUGGCUUUGGUAGUAUUUUAUCAGAUAUUGAUGAAAAAAUCAGAGAAGUGAAUAGAAAACGGGAGGAACGUAGAAACGCGUACUUAAGAGAAGAACGGAAUAAAACAGAAGUACAAAAAUUUAAGGAACAAACGGAAAAAGAAGGAAACCGUGUGAAGGAAAAUUUGAUUAAAUCUGACGUUAAACGUCCAGAAGAUCCCCGAAAUAGACGUUUAUCAAAUCCUCUUAAACAAGAAGCCCCAAAAACUAAUGUGAAUAAUUUGAAUGAUUUCAAAGCCGAAGAUGAAAUAGACACCGCUAGUCUUAAAAGGUUAGCUGAAAAGUAUAGUCAGAAACCUCGAGUAAUAACUAUUGCAGAUGAUGUUGAUACGAGUAUUACUAAAAGUAUUGAACAAAGUAUGAAAUUAUCGCCUCAAAUAUUGCCCGUAAUAAAUAGGCUGUCGGAUCCACCACCUCCCCCACCAGCUAGCCUUGUAAAAUGUUCACAGUUGGAACCACAACUUCCUCCAUUCAAACCUCCUCUACCUACGUUAACACAUAAUUCAGUUUUAAGGGGAAUUCACCCCACACCACGAGCUCAUCCUCAAGGUCCAAAUAUUCUUUUAUCUCCCAGAGAAAAUUUUGUAUCUCCUCCAAAUCCCUCUCCACUUAUGUCACCAAGAGAGACCUUUACUUCAAAUACUCAAUUGGCUUCACCAAGAGAUAAUUUACAUGCAAAUUCAUCUGUACCUAUGUCCCCAAGAGAUAAUUUUCAUGGAAAUUCAUCUGUACCUAUGUCCCCAAGAGAUAAUUUUCAUGGAAAUUCAUCUGUACCUAUGUCCCCAAGAGAUAAUUUUCAUGGAAAUGCAUCUGUACCUAUGUCCCCUAGAGACAAUUUUGUUUCUGAGUAUGUCAGAGAGGAAUUUAAUUCUAGACGGCAUCGGGUUGAACAGACCUCUCCAAUUAUGUCUCCAAAUAACGUAUUACUUACACCUAAUAUGCCGCAGAGGUAUAAUCAACCAUUUAAUAAUUUUAAUCACAUGGAACCGCCUCGGUUGGACUACUAUCCUCAAAACGUAUGUCCUUCUCCUCAGUAUAAUCAUAUUCCGCCCUUAUUAUCAAUUGAUGCUUCUCAUUUCCAAGAUCAGAAACCGUUUCAAAAUGUAGGUUCGUAUGGCGUUGUUAAUAGAGAAUCAUAUCCACCCAACGAUAAUUUGAGAUGGAGGUUAGGUGAUAACAGACAUUGGGAAAGAAGGGAUUUUAAACCAAGAUUUGGAGGGCCUAUGACAUAUAGAGAGCACAGAGAAAUGCGAGAAAAUAGUAGAGAUCCUAGAGUGGUUAGAGAUACAAGGGAGAGAGAUUCAAAAGAUGUUAAAGACAUUAGAGAUCCGAGACUGAAUAGAGAUGCAUCAGCUAACAGAGAAAAUACUGUUACAAAACAAACCUUGGAAGCAGCUGAAAAGAAUAAUAGGGAUCCAAGACUAAAUAGAGGAAGAUCGUCAGCUCGUGAGGAUCCACAAUCUAAUCGAUUCGAUUCUAAAUUUGAUCGACUGUAUUCAAGAACAAAUAGGAAUCGAUCACGUUCAAGGUCGAGAUCAUCAAAUAGAACGGAAGUGAUGGUAGGUGACACGUUUACAUCUCCAUUAGAUAGUUUAUAUAACAGUAGAGAAGAACAGAAAUCUGGUAAAGGAUAUGGAGUUCAAAGUUUUAGAAUACCUAAAAAGAAAAAGGGCGAAAAAAAGAAGGUCAAGGAACAAGAUACUGAAACGAGUAAAGACACUAGUAGCCAAGAUGAAGAAGAGCCUGAUUAUUCAAAUAAAACUAUUGAUGUAAGUGAUAGUGAAGAAGAUAAUAAAACUUCAGUAAACUGUGUAGAUAACAAAGAAUCUAUUUCGGUGUCAACUUUAAAUGAAACUAAAAUUAAAACGGAGCCUAAUAAAACCUUAAUUAAACAGGACAUAGACGAAAGUUCCGUGUGUGCCGAUAACGAUGUAUUAGAAGUAACCUCAACCACAAUGGAUAUUUCUUCUCCAGUGCAUAAAGAAGAAGAAUUUGAGCCUUCGGCUACAAGUGAAGAGCAAAUUAAAAGUGAUAUCACUGCUGACACAAAAGCUGAAAGUAUUUCUAACACUCAAAAUAGUCAAACCUCGACAAAGAUCGAAGAACCCAUUAAACCUCCCACUGAACAGACAAUACUAGCACAAUUUUUUGCUAAUCUCCUAGGAAGCCAAAAUAAAAAUGAAAAGAAGACUGCCUUAUAUUCUCUUAUUAGCACGUUCUCCGACAGUUUUAGUCCAAAGGAAUUAGAUAAAAUAACUAAAAUCAUUCGCGCCAAAGAAGAGGAUAAAGAUAGUUCUGAUGAAGAACUGCCCCAAAAGCCAAAUGUAUCUACUAUUGAGGAGGGUAAUACUCAAGAGGUAGUGGAAGAAAAUAAGGUAACACAAGAGCAGAGUACUGAAGAUGAGAAGGUUACUCCCAAACGUAAACUAAGGCAGAGAAAAACUUCAUCUUUAGUUAAACAGAAUAUCGAUGAGCAAAGUACUGGCGAAACUGACGUUGACAAUGAUUUAUCAUUGAGUGAAAAAACUGUAAGUAGCGAAAAUAUUUUAGAAAAGACAGGAGAUCAAUUGGAUGAAGAAAGUGGGGUAUUGGUUAGCGUAGGGGAAAGAACAAAAUCAAGAAAAAGAACUGCAACUUUAGGAAAUAAGGCUAGAAAAAAGGUUAGAUCUGAAUUGGAUAGACUUCAUGAAGAUAUCCAAGAAAUGUUUAUUAGAGAUGGUGUUUUAACUGCAUCUGGUAAGCGUAUGUGUCAUAUGUUAAAAGACGAUAAGUUUGCGGUGAAUCCAGAAAACAUUGAAUGUAAUACAGAAGAAAUAGUCUCGAAAACGUCUAAAAAAUCUCAGCCGAAACAUAAAAAUAAAAAGAAAACUGAAAAUGAUCUUAAAACUAUGAAACAUGUAAGGGUACUUAUACAGAAAAUACCGGAUACAACUAUUGAUGAAUCUGAUGCAUCAAGGCGUUUCACUAGAAGUAUGACUAUUACAGAAAGCGAUGAUGAAUCUUCUAUAAGUACUGGGGUAUCAAUGUCAAACAGAGAUUCAGAGAUCGAAGAUGCAGACAGUCGUUCUGAUAAAGAGGAUGAUUUAUCUACUGGUGAGAGUCGUAAGUCUAAAUCAUCAAAACGAAAACGACCAAGAAGUAAUUGGGCGGCAGGUAUAAUUAAAAAAAAGAAAAAGAAACAAAACUUAGAUGAAUUAACUCCGUUGAAAUUACCUGAAAUCGAAAUGUCUCCAAAAGAAUCAUUGGAAAUCAUCCCCACAAAGGAAUUUUGGAUAGAUUUUUCGUUACAGAAAAAAAUCUACAGUUGUAAAUUGUGCUGUUUUCAGGGCAGGUACAUAACUACACACUACAAAGUGGAACAUCCAAAUUCAGAAGUAUUAAGCUCUAGACUUAGUCCAGCUUUGGCCGAGGAAGCAAUAGCUGAUGCCCAAAUGAAUAUGGAGAAAUAUGAUAAAUAUCAAGUAGCAAAAAGUACAAGGAUCUCAUAUACAUGCCGUUUUUGUACAUUUGUUACAAAAGUUCUGCCUACGCAAUUUUAUGAUCAUAUAACAACGCACACCGGAGAAUACAGACACGUUUGUACACAUUGUCCUGCUUCAUAUUGCAGUAGUAAAUCUUUUAAAAUGCACUUAAAUAGUACUCAUCAAGAUGCAGACGAUAAACCUGUAGUACGAAAGGUUUUUAAUGAAGUAAUUACAUUCGGAUACUUGUGUGCUGAGUGUAACUAUGUCCAAACUAACAAAAACACGAUAGAGCAGCAUAUAAAGAAAUAUCAUGUAGGUGAAACUCCCAUCUAUAAAAUUAAUCUGUCUACUAUUUUUGACAAACAAAUUGAAAAGUUUUACAAACCAGAAAAAUCAUUAGAGGAAAAUACUAGCAAUAAUUUAGUUCAGACAAAUGAUGCUGAAGUUAGUGAAGAUUAUAUGACUUCAAGUGAACUCUCAAGUACUGAAAAUAUUUCUUCUAUCAAAAAAGGCAACUCGAAGCCGUGUCCAAAGUCAAAGAAAAAACCGGGCCCUAAACCUAAAUCAACCGUUAUCCCUGUUCCUCCAUUAAGUGAACCUGUAGAGGUUACUAAAACGCUUAAUAUUAAGCGAGGCAUUAAUUCUGAUCUAGAUCUUAACAAGAUUUUGCCCGUAAGAUCUAAACGAGCUGCCAAAGAAAAAGCACAGGAAAAAUUGAAAGAGAUAAUGGAAAUGACGGACGUUCCAUCUAAAAAGAAAGUAAAUGAAACGUCUACAAAGGAGAGUUCUUGCAAUGAUAUUUUGGAUAAACCAACGGAUAGUUCUUGUCAUAAUGAUGUUUUGGAUAAACCAACGGAUAGUUCUGGCCAUAAUGAUAUUUUGGAUAAACCAACUGAUAUAAAAUCUACUAUUAACGAAAAUAUUUCUGCUGCCGAAAAAACUAAUGAUCAAAAACAAGAAAAAGAUUUGCCAGAAGUUAAAAUAAAAGCAGAGGUAAUUAAAAAAGAUAUAGAUAUAAAUGCGUUUACUUCCAAAAUAGAUAUUAAAGAAGAAAAGGAUAAACUCGAACAACAUGGUCCUUCGAAAAUGGAUGAACUUGGUGUCACACAUGAAAAUAGAACGUCGUCAAAUUUUGUGGAUAAUCUAUGUGACCGAAUUAAUCCAAGUGAGAUUAAUAUUAAACAGGAACAACCAGAAGAAUUUAUAGAAAACGUUCAUCAUACAAUAAAUGAAAGUACUAAUACAAUGCCUGUAUUAGAAAAAAUUGUUUUCACUUCAACCCCUGCACCAAUAAUAAAUUCCGAACGUAUUAAAGAACAAACCAUUGAAACAAGUCAAUCAUUACCUGCAUCUGCGUUAGCGAUUUCUAAGAAAAAUGAUAACAGUAUAAUUAAUAUGAUUGAAAAAUUACAAGCAAGGUUAUCAGACGAUCAUUAUAAAAAUAAUCAAUUUAACGACGAUGAUGCUAAUGAUAAUGAACCUCCUCCAUUAAUCCACGUCAAUCAAUUAACUGAUGUGGGUCCACCAAGUGCUUCAAUUAAAAUGUUAGAAGUAUGUGGCUUGAUAAAGGUGAUUAAAACAGAUCAAUUAUCAACAUUUUACUGCUUAGUUGAUCUAUGCUCUUUUUCUACAGAAAAUAAAGAUACAUUUCAGAAACAUUGUAAAGAAAACCAUUUAGCGCUCGAGUUUAAGAGAUCUGACCGUUGUGAAACAUGUGGUGUUGAAAUAUCCUCAUCACCAGAUGGUAGUUUAUUGGAAAACUUAUUUAAGCACACAAUAACAGAUCACUCCGAUUAUAUUUAUAGCGGAGAAGUAAAUGAGAAUAGAACUGUACCGAAACCUCAAAUGAUAAGACUUAGAAAAUUAAGUGGUGAUGCUUUAUCAAAUAACCAAAAUUCUGAGAAAGAGAAGUCAGAUGAAAGUGUAAUUAGCAAUACAGAGAAAGAUAUUGUCGGUGUUUCAGAAACAACUAUUAUAAAUGACGGAGACAACAAAACUAAUGAAGUAGAUGGUAAUCCAUUCCCAUUCAAAAUUGCUGAAGUUGUAUCGCUUGCAGAAACUCCACCACCUCUUACCCCUAUAAAUAAACCACUGCAGCUUGUUGUUAAAGAAGCCAAAUUAACAUCGACGGAGUUAGCAAAACCUAGAAAAUCAGUUAAAGCUAUUUCCAAGUUUAUUAAAGAAGUAGAAAAAUUGUAUAAAUGUCCACAAUAUUAUUGUUUCUUUAGUUCUGAUUCUGGUGAUGAAUUACAGAAGCAUGUAAGUACAGUAUGUAGUCGCACUGCAGAAAAAGAUUCAAUGGUUCCAUGUGUUUAUUGUGAUUUGAAAACUCCCUGGGAACAUCUUGUAGUUCAUAUUGAUAUAAGACAUGCAAACUGCAGGUAUGCCUGCCCGUAUUGCCUAUAUAGAGCAUGUUUAAAAUCAUAUGUAACUUUGCAUCAAGAGAGAGUCCAUCCGUAUCAACCUUUUUCUGUAUUAACACUGAAUUCAAAUAAAUCUCAAAAGAAAUUUACCAUCACUGACGCUAAGCUAGAUCCUAAAAUGUUAUGCAAACCAUAUCGAUGCACACCAGGUUGUAGCUUGGAAUUUUUAUUUGAAAAUGAAUUUUCAGACCAUGUUAUGGAAGCACAUAAAAACAAUAAUUUUUUGACUUGUGGUCAUGAAUCAUGUACUAGUCGAAUAACACAUGCAAAAUUAUUACAACACUGGUCAAUAUCUCAUAACGUGUCUGUAUACCAAUGUGGUUAUUGUUCAAGCAAUUCUUGUGAAAUCAAAACGAUGUAUCAUCAUUUGUCAAAUAUACAUCCAAAUCUCUAUCCAGAAAUACUGUUUAGAUUUAUCAGUCCGAAAAUGCCACACAACGUGUUUUAUACUCCUGAAGCAUUUACGAAAAUAAGAAAAAUCGUAAACAUUACAAACACAAUAUCAGAUAAUACUACAGAACUGAAGUUAAAAUUACCUAAUAGCCCAAGUUUGCUAGGGUCUCCACCUCAAAGUAGCCCAAAAGGUGAAUCAAAUAUUAGUCCUGCAGAUACCAAGAGAUCUCCAUUGUUACCAACCGCAUUAAGUCUUACACCAUCCAAAUCUUCAACGCCAUUAACAGAUCCUCUAGAUAUUGACACGAUGAUAGAGAUGCCGUUGCCUACAGAUUCAAGUGAUCAACCAUUACAAAAUAUCGUUAUUAAAGAAUCCCCAACAUCAAGUCAGAAAACUUCAGCCGCGUCAAUGCCUGAAACUUCAUUAGAACCAAUUAGUUUCAGUGGAGAAACGCAAGGAGAGAAAUCGACAGAGUGCGAUGUCGAUCCUUUGGAAUUAGGAGAAUCUGUUAAUUCCCAGAACCUUGGGGAUAGUUCGGAAGACGAAAGUGACAAAUCAAAAAAGAAAUUUGGUCUUCUCGGUUACCAAUUAUUCAGAUGUGCAGCUUGUGAGUUCUCUUGUUCUAACUUAAAUGACUUCAAGAAACACAUAGCUAAAUCAGUGUCGUGUAAGGAUAAGGAUAAUUCUAACAAGCCAUUUGUAUGCGUUCAUUGUAAGAAAUCUUUUAGAAAUUCCAAUAUUCUUUGUGAUCAUAUACAGUGUCAUGGCAUUCUUCGAUAUUCGUGUUCUCUUUGUGGAAACAAGUUUCCUACUUUUAGACAAGGAAGGGGCCAUAUGAAACAUCGGCAUAACAUAAAUCAGACUACACAAACUGUUUUGAAUUCGACUAUUGCUUCAAAUGGGGAAGAAUACAUUAUUAAACCAAAGUUAUUGAUAGCUGAUCCACCAGCACAAGAAAAUCUUUCGUCUGAACCUUCUUCGCCAAUUUCAACAGCAGAAAAUGUGUACAACCCUGAUGAUAUUAAUAAAAUUCCAAUGCGGUCCAUAUUUAGCUCAGAUCUGAGGUGUGGAACUUGUUCAUAUACUACAAAAGUUAGAACUAAUAUGAUUAGGCACCUGCAGUUCCAUUCGCAGGAAAUAUCGGUGCCAGAUACCGCUCCAGUUAAUCCAGUACCGUGCUUAGGAAAGAAUGAAAAGAUGUUUGACAAAAUGGUAAAUUUGGCUUCUAGUUCUCACACAUCAAGCACGAGGAUGGGUGGCACUAAACCUGACAAAAAAGACGAUAAUAACUUUCCGGAUUUUGUGCCAUCAAGCUCACGGUAUACUUGUUGUGCCAAGGGUUGUAAUUACAUUUGUCCAGAGGAAGGUAAUCUUCGCCAUCAUCUUAUAGCACUUCAUAGUGAAGAAGUUAAAUUUACCUGCGUGCAUUGUAAAAUGAACUUAAACAACGCCGAUGCAGAUAAUAUAAUUAAGCAUCUUAAACUACAUAGUUUACAACUUUAUAAAUGCUGGUACUGCGAUUUUGUGCAUAACCUUAAACAUAAAGUUGAAAGACAUAUUACAGAAUAUCACGAUGAUCUUCCAAUGAAAGUUAUUACUCUAAGAUGGUUAGAUUCAGAACCGAAAGAUAUAGAAGAUGAAGCGAAUCAGCAUCCUACCUCUACUCCGAUUUCCUCCAAGUUUAGUAAACCUUGGAGAUGUUGCAUGUGUAAAGCCAAAACGGUAACACAAGAAGGUAUUCAAAAUCAUGUCUUAGAAAAGCAUGACAUUGAUUCUCAAUUUAAAUGCGCUCUUUGUAUAUAUAAGACCAAUGACUUGAUUACCUUCCCAGGACAUUUUAAGGAGCACCAUUCGAAUCAAGAAGUUAACAUUAUACAAGUGUAUUGUAAGAUCGAAGAAGAAAAUAAAGAUGACAAAGAUACAGAUGUAUUUGAUACUACUCCAUUGUGGCAACGAGACCGACCAAGGGUUAGACAUAUUAGGGGUAUACUGUUUGACGAAUCUACACCUGUACCUACAAAGACCUUAAAGAAGGCAACUAAAGGUUCUGCAGUUACGCCUACGAAGAAAAUAACUCAAAUGGAAUUAGCUAGUCCUGUUAAACCGGUCCCGUCUCUAAAAGCUGACGCUGACGAGUUGAUUGAAGAAAUAAACCAGUUAAUAAAAACGGACUUAGAUGAUGAUGUUAUUAUAAUCGAUGAUGACGAGUCACCUGUUAGGCCACAAUCGAUAACAGCAUACAGAAGGAAAACAAUAGAUUCGUCAGAAUUCAAAAAGAUUAGUAUUGAUGAACAUUCUAAUGCAGAUAAUUCUAAAAUAGAUGACGAGUUUAGUGAACAUAGUUUGCUGGAAACAUUCGGCAGCUUCGGACUUCCAUUCUUAAAACAACUUAAGUGUCCCAAAUGCAACAAAUUUAAAUCAAAACGUAUAUCUGAUUUUAUUUUCCAUAUGUUUAAAGAGAAAGAAAUUAACAGAUACGCUUGCAGAAUAUGUUCUGAUGUGAGUGUUACAUACAAAUAUAUGUAUAAACACGUACUCCAGCACCAACAAACAUUCGAUAUUAAUAAUAUAAUUUCAUUACCGAAAAAUCCAAGAUUAGAAAUAUGGUUACAAAAUUUAAUCAGAAUGCAGUGUAAUAUAAUUGUUCGAAGCCUGGCGGCUCCUAAAGAAGUUUCAGGAAAUAGUACACCACACAAAGUAUUAUGCAGAUAUUGUAACAAAUGGUACAAAUCUGAACAAGAAAGAAAUGAGCAUGCAAUAUUCCAUUGGAAAUGUAUACCAUUUAAAUGUAGCGAAUGCAGUUUUGAAGCAUAUACGCGCACCCAUAUGACCUUGCAUAUUGCUUUACCACACGGUAGAGGAAAAACUCCUGUUGUAAUUGAAGCUGGUCCGACAGUGGCUGGUGAGCUUCAGUAUUCCGAUUUCUUGCAUAUGAAAGAAGCCGAUGAGGAAAAGUCCAAAUACACAACAUCCCAUAGUCCUCCAACAAAGGUGAAUCAAACAGCUAUUGCACAAGUUCUAGUACCAGAAGUGGUUCGUCCUGAUAUGAUUGAUGAAUCUGAGCAAGACGGGACAGUCCAAGGAAUGGUUUUUCUGGAUGAAAGGAACGAUAAAGUUUCCGUAGAAGACCCGGAUGAUCACCAGGAGUCCUCAGAUACUGUAGAUAUCUCAGAUUUGGUAAUAAUCUCCAAAACCGAUACCAAUGUUCCCAACGAUGGCGACGUAUUUUGCUGUGAGUACUGCCCGUACAUGUCCAACUCAGAAAUGCAAAUAAUGUCACAUAUAUCUGGCCAACACGAUCACAUGCACAUUAAAUUCAAGGUACUAAAUAGACCCCAAUGCGAUAAUAGGAAGGAUGAAUAUGUGGCUUGCACCAUUUGUAAUGAAAUCGGUUCUGAAAUAGCUAUUAGAGAACAUCAUUUGGAUGUUCAUGAAGGAGAAACUUUCUAUGUGUAUAGGUAUAGCUGCUGUUGCUGCAAUAAACGAUUUACCAAAUUCCAUGGCAUAAGGGUCCAUUUCAAUCGAAGACAUCCAGGAGUUCAAUUGAAAUGUAAAGAUAUAUUCAACAAAAUACACUAUUUUGAACCAGUGAAAAUGAAAAUAUCCGAACCGAGUAUUCGUAAGAAUGUUACACAGCCUUCCGUACCAGGUUUGAAAAAAGAAUGGAAACAUUAUAAAUGUUCGUUAUGUAGAUAUGAAAGAGACUUUACUUCCAACGGCUUGGGAAAUAUACGGGCGCAUGUGAAAAAUCAUUUCAAGGCUCAUAUAUGUGGCACUUGCGGAAUAAAGUUAAGAACCAAAACGGAUGCAAUUUUUCAUUAUAAGAAGGAACACCCUAAUGUGGAGGAGAACAUCAUUCAUGAUGAAGCUAUGGAAGCUUUAUAUGCCUCGACUAUGGCAACUAUUUGUAAAACAGCGGUAUCUGUACCAGAACCCUCUGCCCGCUCUGUUCAGUCUCCAGUAAGUAAAAAACAUACAGCGAGAAAAUCCACUUCGAAACCUUCAACUCUUCCUAUGGAAGAAUUUAGCUUUUAUGGAAAUACCGUAGAAGAUGUAGACUUAAAUAAAAUUAUGUCGUCUGUAGAAAUUAACGGAAUGCAUCUAGACAUGUCUGCGGAAAGACUUGGUACUCUUUUUAAUUUAAAUCCAUCCCUUACCUUGGAAAGAUGCGAUUCACAUGUAGAUGAAAGUAAUGAAAUUGUUACGAUCGAGUUAUGACCUACUACACAAGAAGCCGCCGAUACAUGACUUGAUCUAAAUGCGAUUGAUAUAAUUUUGGAGGAUCUGGGCGCAGACAGUUUAGAAUUAGAUAAUAUUGUACCUUCUGUUGAUACGCUUUUAAAUGAUAGCUUUAAGGAUGACGAAUAUUUUGAUAAUUGGUCAAUGAAAAAGGCAUUCUAGUAAUCAUGUAAAUAAAGUUUCCAUUGCAAAUAAUAGUAAUUCAAGCAUGUCCAAAAAUAAAAUCUGGUUUUUAAAAUUAAUCGUUUAAGUUUUUGCCAUUAGCGAAAGUUAAUUUUACCGUUACGCGAGUUUUAGACUAGAAAGAGGAAUAGCAAUUAGUUUUAGUUCUUAUAGUUUAUAAUUAGUGCACUUUGAAUGCAACAACUUUUACCUGUGAUGUACGUUACUAUUUUUUAUUGUUACAAUUAAUUAACUGAGCAAAUAUAAUAUUAAGUUGAUAGUAGGUGUAAUAAAUAAGUCUUGUACAUAGAAAUUAUUUGUAUAUAAAAUAAAAUUAA